CUGACUGAGGAUGUAAAACUGAGUAGUCAGUAGGGUGUCUGUUACUGAGCUUUAAGAGUACAGCUUGUUUCUUGUUUAGCUGCCAUAAAGAACCUUUCUGUCCAGUUUCUGUUCUGUUUUCUGUCCAGUUUCUGUUCAUCACGAUGAAAGACAGUCACAGGGACUGACGGAUGAAUACAGUGCUCAAAUUACCUGUGAAAGGUGCAGCAGACUGUGACCGUGCGCCUCUGAGCCGAUCUGACACCCCUGUGCCCAUACCUGUCAAUCACAUGCUCAUCUGUGCCGUCCCGGGCUGGGCGUGUCGGAUGAGCGUUGCUCACAUGACACUCGCUCCAUCCUCCCCCACAGAGGGGAGCGCCGCAGCGCCGUGCCUUCCCACGCUUUAUGUGAGGGACGCCCGACAUCUGCACGUCGCGCUAGCGGACGGAGCCCUCGGCAUGAACGUGCAGAGCGGCAGCCUGUCGCUGGGCUUCUAUCUGCGGUCCAAGCUGCUGGGCAAGGUGAGGCGGCGGGUGCAGGAGAUGCGCUACACAUCCUCUACCUCCACCAAGAUCGAUCUGAGCCACAACGAGAGCGCGCGGCUGGCUACGGACGCCCUGCUGGACCGCGGCCUGGGCGCGUACCGUGAGGCGCUGACCCUCGAGGCCGAGGUGGACUUUUUGUCCCAGGAGGAGAAGGACUACAUCCUGAGGAACGUGAAGAACCCAGGCAGCAGCGGGAGCGAGCUGGAGGAGGAGCAGGGGCAGGAUGGGAGCGACACGGUGUCCCAGACAUCUGUAACAUACUUCCCUGUUGACUCGGAGAGCGACCCUCCAGAGCUGGAGUACGGUUGGCCAGCAUCCGAGUGGAGCUACCAUUUACAGGGGAUGCCCACUGUGGAGGUGUUCCUCCAGUCCGACAGGACGGUCAGCGUGCGGGACCUGCUGCGGGAAGGCAUCAGCAAGGCCACCUCGGUCCUGGCCAUCGUUAUGGACACCUUCAGCGAUGUAGAGAUCUUCUGCGACAUCCUGGAGGCGACCAGGAAGCGCAACGUGUCUGUUUACCUCCUGCUGGAUGACGCCAAUCUCCAUCUCUUCAUGGAGAUGUGUGCAAAUUUGCAAAUCGGCAGCUCCCACCUCACUCGCAUGUCUGUCCGUAGCGUGUGUGGAGACACGUACUGUGCGAAGUCUGGGAGAAAGUUCACCGGUCAGGUCAAGGAAAAGUUCGUCAUCAUCGACUGCACCCAGGUUCUGGCAGGAUCCUUCAGCUUUGCCUGGCUCUCCUGGCAGGUCCACCGGGAUCUGGCCGUGCUCUUCAAGGGCAGCGGCGUCAAAGCCUUCGACCUGGAGUUCCGGCAGCUCUACGCCUCUUCCAAGCCGGUGCCGGGCUUCCCCCCUCCCUCGCCCUCGUGUCCCUCGGUCCAGCUGACGGACCGUAUUGGGCCCCGGCGCACGAGACCCGCCACCCCACCCGCAACCCAGUGCCUGGCCAAGCAGCCAGGUUCUUUCUUGCCCCUGGGGCUGCAGUCUGCCCCCAAGAGGCAUGUGGUGAGUGCCCCCAUUGUCCGACAGCCAUCCUUCGGGAAGGAGAACGCCGCCGUGCGACUGGGGUGGCGCUCCCACCAGAUGGUGCCCAGCCGGCCUGAGGAACGCGUUUUUGGGCUGGGCUUCAGCCUCUACUUCCGCAGCGGACCCAACAUCCCACCACACUGACCGCUACGCACAGAAAACGGAUGAGAGCAGCAACGUCGUACCUGUCUCACACACCACCA